UGAGAUUCCACCUUUUUUAAAAAUUAAAUACAUUAUUUUAAAGCCAUAUAGUGUGAUUUAUUCAUUUUAUUUAAUUUUAAGUAAGAUGAAGAUAGUUUUUGUGUUUUUUAAAUUGGUACAACAUGAGCGCGGUUAAGAAAAGACCAAUAUCUGUUUUAAUCGUUACGGAAUACUUUUUUCCUACAAUUGGAGGUGUUGAGCUCCACGUCUACAAACUAGCUGAAUAUCUCAUACAAUUUGGUCUUAAAGUUGUCAUUUUUACCAGAAAUUUUGGCAGCAGGAGGGUAGGAAUUAGGUAUUUGGCCAAUGGAAUCAAGGUUUAUCAUCACUGGAAUGUUAUGUUAAUACCUCCAUCAACCUCUCCCACUGUUUUUGAUGCCUUUCCCUACUAUCGCAGUGUUCUAAUCAGGGAGAACGUUGACAUUAUACACAUACACAUGGCUUCGAGUAGGUACAAGGGCGAAUUUGAGACGUACGCCAAUUUGUUCGAUUAUCGACUAAUAUUUACUGAUCACAGCCUAUUUAGUAUGUGUGACAUAGGGCCUGUGUUUCUGAACGAGUAUAUGAGGGUAUUUACCAUGUUCGAGGACAACAUAAUCGCAGUUUCAAACAAACACCGAGAAAACAUGGUACUAAGAUCAUACGCUGAUCCCAGGAAAGUCUCUGUCAUCCCCAAUGCAUUGGAAUCCGACGAUUUCAAGUGUAAUGAUGAACCCCUUUCGAAGGAUAAAAUAGUGAUUGUUUACAUUAGUAGAUUAUGUGAACGCAAAGGCAUUGACUUAUUAACACAAGUUGUUCCAUUGGUUUGCAAAAAUCACGAUAAUGUUGAAUUUAUCAUCGGUGGUGGAGGACCUAAAUUGUCUAUGUUGAGAGGAAUGGUAGACAGGCAUUAUUUACACGACAGGGUUAAGAUUUUGGGAUAUGUCCCGAGACAUGAGGUUAAUAAGGUACUGAGACAAGGACAUAUUUUCCUCAACACUUCCCAAACUGAGUCUUUCUGCAUAGCUCUCUUGGAAGCUGCUUCCAGUGGACUCAUUCUGGUAUCAACAAGUGUUGGGGGAAUUCCUGAAGUUUUACCUCAUGAUAUAAUUCUACUCUCUGAAUACGAUCCUGUGGCAGUUUCUAAUAAAAUAGACGAAGCAAUUGCCAUGCUACACACUAUCGACACUUCCAAUUAUCAUCAAAGGGUUAAAGAGAUGUAUUCCUGGGAAUCCGUAGCCAAGAGAACUUUGAAGAUAUAUUAUGAAGCUUUGAACAGGCCAAGGAUGACAUUUCGUGAGAAGUUGUUUAAACUGUUGAAGAAAAAGAAAGUUGGAGAGUUCUUUCUUUCAGUUCUUUUCGUCAUUUCAUACAUGGUUUGGGCUCUGUAUGAGUUCCUUUUCCCGAGGAGUGAGAUUGAGAUGGCACCAGACUGGUCUGAAAAGAAUAGAAAAAGCAAGAAAGAUUAAAUAAAGAGGUUAUCAAGGUCUCUAUAAAGUGUUUUUUGAUUUAACAGAAAGUUCGCCUUAUAUUCAAUUUUCUCAAUUGCCUUGAGCAUUUCUGUAACACAAUUUGUCUAUAAUGUUUUGUUACCAUA